AUGGCGUCCAAGACGGACGAGACGUGGAAAUCCCACUGGAAGUGUUUUGCUGCCUGUGGUAUUAUUGCACUCUCGCCGUUCCAGUAUGGCGUCGACUUUGGUCUCAUCGGCGGCCUACAGGCCAUGCGCGGCUUCCUCGAGAUCUACGGCCACAAAGCCCCCGGAACGCCCCUCGGGUGGAACCUCGACACGGAACGACAGCAGCUCAUCUCGUCUCUUAUGACCCUCGGCGCCUUCAUUAGCUCUGGGACAGCCGGCAUCGUGGCAACCUAUAUCAGCCGGAGACAAUGUCUCUGGAUUGCCUGCUUCAGUUGUUGCAUCGCCAAUAUCAUGAUGAUGGCCACCGAGAACAUUGGGGCGCUCUACGCUGGCAGGUUUCUCAUUGGGCUGGCGAACGGCUACUUCAUGACAUUCUCGCAACUCUACAUCCAGGAGAGCAGCCCGGCACGGUAUCGCGGAUGGUUCCUUACUGCGUUCCAGUUUUUCACAUCUUUUGGCACCCUCAUCGGUACCAUCAUCGACUGGGCUACCGCCGGCCGGCCCGACAAAUCGGCCUACCUGAUCCCGCUCGGCAUGAUCUACAUCAUCCCCGUUAUCAUGACCGUCGCCCUCUUCUUCAUCCCCGAGUCUCCCCGCUGGCUCAUCCUCACGGGCCGGUACGACGCGGGUGUCAAGUCCCUGCAGUGGCUGCGUCCCGUCGACGCCGACGCCAACGCCGAGGCCGCCGAGAUCAAGGCGGCCAUCGACCGGGAGAUUGAGCUUGGCAGCAGCGUCUCCGUCAUGGACAUGUUCACCAACCCCAUCGAUAGGCGGCGUACCGUGCUCGCAGUGUGCUCCGUCACGCUGCAGGCUGCGUCUGGAUCCAUGUUUAUCAUCGCGUACAAGGCAUACUUCCUCGGCAUGUCCGAGGUCGCCAACCCCUUCGGCAUGAGCAACAUCCUCAGCGCCAUGGGCAUCCUCGCCAUCAUCUUCAACUCGCUCAUCGUGGUCCGCUACGGCCGGCGCCGCGUCAUCAUCAUGAUCGGCCUGGUCCUCUGCGGCAUCUUCCAGCUCAUCAUCGCCGUCGUCUACAAGACCCACCCGGGCACCACCUCGACCGGCCAAGUGCUCGUCGCCUUCACGUGCAUCUACAUGAUGAGCUACAACGGCAUGAUCGCGACCUACGCGUGGCUGGCCGGCGGCGAGAUCCCGUCGCAGCGGCUGCGCAGCUACACGUUCGGCCUGGCCGCCGCCGUGGGCUUCUUCUUUGCGUGGCUGACCACCUUCACGGCGCCCUACUUCAUCAACCCGGAGUCGCUCAGCUGGGGCCCGCAGUACGGCUUCAUCUGGUUCCCGUCGUGCGUCAUCGCCGCCGUGUGGGUCUACGUGUUCCUGCCCGAGACCAAGGGCCGCACGCUCGAGGAGAUCGACGAGAUGUUUGAGGCGAAGCUGCCCGCGCGCAAGUUCAGGAAGCAUGUCUGUGUUGGGCAUACCGCUUCUGCUGCUGCGCAGCUAAAGGAUGGCGAGAGGCCUGCUUCGUCGGAAAACGAGAAGGUACGUUCUUUGACUUGUUGGGGAGGUUACCUACCUAGUGUUUGA